AUGGAGUGGUCUCGAGGACCCGUGAUCGGCCGGGGAUCCACCGCCACCGUCUCCCUCGCCACCUCCGCCGCCGCCUCCGGCCAGCUCUUCGCUCUCAAGUCCGCCGAGCUCUCCCGCUCUCUCUUCCUGCAGAGGGAGCAGAGCAUCCUCUCCAACCUCAGCUGCCCCUACAUUGUCAAGUACGUCGGAUCGGGAGUCUCCGACGAGAACCGUACCCCCAUCUACAACCUCUGUAUGGAGUACGCCGCCGGCGGGACGCUGAGCGAUGUGAUUCGCCGCCGGGGAGGCCGGAUGGGGGAGGCUGAGAUCGGGGCGGUGGUUCUCCGGGUUCUAAAGGGGCUGGAGUACUUGCACGGGAAGGGUUUGGUUCACUGCGACAUCAAGGCCCAGAACGUGCUGGUGGACGAGGUGGAAGGAGCCAUAAUUGGGGAUUUCGGGUGCUCGAAAUUCGUCGUCGAGGGAGGUGAGGGUGUGGUGGGGUUUUCCGGCACGCCGGCGUUCAUGGCGCCGGAAGUGGCGAGGGGGGAGGAGCAGGGUUUCGCGGCGGAUGUUUGGGCGGUGGGUUGCACGGUGAUUGAGAUGGCUACCGGAAGGAACCCGUGGGCGGAGUUCGGAGACGACCCUGUUUCUGCUCUCUACCGAAUUGGGUUUUCCAACGAGGCGCCGGAGGUUCCGAGCUGGUUAUCGGAGGAAGCAGCGGAUUUUGUCGCCAAGUGUUUGAUGAAAAACCCCAGAGAGCGGUGGAGUGCUAAAGAGCUUCUGGAUCACCCGUUUCUCCACGAAUCGGAGCUGGAUCUGUCGGUUGAUGAAUUCAAAAAGGAGGCCGGGACGAGCUCGCCGAGCUGCGUGCUGGAUCAGGGGUUUUGGGAUUCCUUGGACGGCGGAUUGGACAGCCCGCAAAAUCUGACGAUCGAUGAAGUCCGCUGCUCGAGAAUUCCACCCGGUGAUAGGAUCAAGAGCUUGAUCAGUGGGUUUUCUUCAGCAUCGAAUUUCUCUGAUUGGAGUUCGGAAGAAGAGGGCGAUUGGAUCACGGUUCGAAGUAACGAAUCCGAGGAAACCGAUGGCAUGUUCUUGGACGACGAAUCAUCUGUUGAAGAACAAGAUGCAGCAUCUCCGUUCUGGGAUACUGCGAUCCUCAAUUUGGAUCAGGGGGGGGAGUUUGGAAGGUCGGAUUCCGACGAAGAGUCGCCGCCGGCGGCGGGAUUAGAUUUUGACUCCAUUGAAAACGUUGUUGUUGCCAUUAGUAGUAGAGGAGAUGAUUAUGAUGGUUUUGUAGUAGUGAAGGAAGUUGAUGAAAAUAGUAACAUUAAUGAUACUUCAGAUUCUCUGAAAAAAUAUUGUUUGCUCGAUCCUUCCCUUCCCCUUACCUGCAUCAUUUCUUUCCCCGUUCGUACUAAUCAAGCUAACAGCUGCAAAGAGGACAAACCCAAUAUGCCCAAUUUUGGGAUAGUGCUCUGUUUUGGUCGAAACAGAGGAAUCCCAUUAUUAUGUCACUUUGAACACAACCAUAGACUAACAACAAUCUUCAACAGUAUCAAAGAGCUUAGAUAUUUUCUUUAG